GAUGAUGCACAACAAACAUCCUGUGACGUGCAAUUAACACGAAUCGCAAAGUCAUUCCGGCCUACUUAAUAAAAAGCGUUAUAGCUGAAAUUUGCGUUUCAAUCUCUGAGCCAGGAUAUUAAGCAGCAAGUAUGAAGGCUACUUUGUCAUUGCUUUUUGUUCUGUCUUUAAGUGGAAUUGUGUCAUGUUAUUGGGCAAGAAGAAAUGAACCUAGUAGACUGCGGCAACAGGAUGAACCUUCAGGAGGUAAAAAUGAAGCAAUACGUUGCUUUACAGAAAUGCAGACAAACGGUCAAAUCACAAACUUGUUGCUGGAUGUCACCACACCUGAAAAAAUCGAUACCUUUUGCAGACACAUGUCUGGGUUAACGAAGUGUAUAUCCGACAAUGAGCAUUAUUUGACAGUUGCAGAGAAUGCUGAUUAUUUGAAGAAAACACGUGGAGUAAAAGAUUUUUACAUCAAUGUCUGUCCACCCGGGACUGAUAUAACAGAAAAAUAUAAAGCGAUUUCUCCUUGUUUCGAGCUCAUAAGAACAGAGAUUCUUUCUUGUGGAUCAGAUCUGCCGGAUAUGUCUAGUUACCGGAUGAAAAGUGAUAAAAGGCACAGAUGCUGUGCUUUGGCUUCUCACGAAGACUGUGUGACAAGAGCUGCUAUGACACACUGUGGGGAAGAAGCAGCACAAGUUCUUGAAAAAAUUCUUCUGAGAUACUUCCAACCUCAGUGGGAAGGAUGUGAAUCAAUUCCAAUGCAUGAGUGCUUAGAACAGGAUCAAACUUCAACAGCAUCUUACACUCGCAAGACAGAAAGCGAAAGAGGCUUCAAUCUUCCUCCAAAUCCUACCUUCAACCAUGAUACUACACAAAAGACAGAUUUCGAAGAUUGGAGUCAAACUACUGUGGCCGAUCAGUGGAAGAAACCAAAACAUAAGAAUGCAGCUAAUUAUGCCACAGUUUCUAAUCUCUAUAUUCUCUCUGCAAUUUUAUUGCAAUUCGUUUUCAGUAAAUGUCUUUGAAGUGAACAAUAAAUGAACUGGAGAAAAUUUAUGUUCAGACGAAGCUGAAUGCUGUACCCCCUUAAAGUUUAGGUCUGAAACAUUUCAUGAAGUUGGUCAUUUCCUGACUUGGCAAGCUAUUUUGAACUUAUUGUACAAAAGUACGGAGGAAUAUUCUUAUUCGAUCUCGCUUUAAUUGGUCGUUAUAUUGUUCCUCGAAUCAAACAUUUAUAGCCAUUUUUAAGAAAAUGUACACUGCACUGAACUAAGAACUAACAUACUAUUUGCUCCAGAGGUAAAAUUAAAAGUAAAUAAGAGCAUUUCUAAUUAUAGUUCUGAAAGUUGCAUUUGUCAUGGUCUUGGAAACUAAACUCCAAGAUGGCACUUGGUCGAAGAUAUUGACACACUAACUAUACUUAACAAUUUUAAGCGACCGUAAUCGAUUUGAAACAAAAGGACAUCGAUCAGUGGUACAUAAGUAAUAAUAACAUUUUAAGCACACUUUUUCGAAUUAAAGGACUGUUAAUUUAUUUAUAAAUUAAAGGCCUAUUCAUUUCUAAGAUUCUGACUUAUACAGGUUAACUAAUCGGAAGUCUACUAUUUUUUAACUCAGUACCAAUACAAUUCUCAACCGUGACUUCCUUUUUUAUUCCAUAUAUGUCUUGAGGUAUAUUGUGCAACACCAUGUACUGAUUUCGAAAUUUAGUGUAUUAAUUUAAAUUUGCGUAUGUAUUAUGUCUUUUAUAGUGAUUUAUAUAAUAAAUACUUUUAAAAAUUUUA